AUGUCUUAUCUUCAUGAUUAUUAUCUCACAAAUUACACAAAAUGUUCCAAGUGUGAGAGCUUUUUGUGCUCCUGGGAAGAUCUUGCAGUUACAUCUCAUUCCAUUACGGGAGUUGUAAUUCCAUUUCAUGUAUUUGGAGGCUACUGUAUUCUGAGUAAGACCCCCGUUUAUAUGACUCAUUAUCGAUGGCCAUUGUUCAACAUGCAUUUCUGGUCAUGUUUCGUAGAUAUUCUCAUAAGUGCCCUGAUAACUCCUUACCUAAUUUUUCCGGCGGUAGCUGGAUUUCCAGUCGGUUUACUACAAUUUUUGGAGAUUCCUGUAACAGUGCAAAUAUGGUUCGGAAUCAUGGGUAUUUAUGUUAUGGUAAUGUCGAUGACAAUUCUGUUAGAAAACCGACAUAACUCAAUUCCAUCCAACAGAUUUCGGAUCACUGGAAAACUAUUCAAAUUCAUAUAUUACUCUGCCCGUGUUCUUAUUGCAGUUUCAUUCUCCAUGCUAAUAUUUCAAUUUGUACCUGAAGACCAAUCUUCCGCGCUUUUCCAAAUUUUGAAGUCAAUCCCCUGUCCUACCGAGGAGUUUUUUACGGCCUCCGGGAUGUUCGUUCUAGUGAUUGACGAGACGUAUAUCAAUUUGUUGGCAAUUGCAUGUGUAUUAGGAGUGUCUUUUGAAAUUUUGCAAAUGAUAUUCUUUAUUAUUUGCUGCUUGCAUUACCUGUACUUUGCUAUAAAUGGAUUUACGUCGAAGAAAACUAGGAAGUUGCAAAUUGCAUUUUUUGGGAGUAUCAUGCUUCAAGUAUCCAUUCCAAUACUCUUCUUAUUGCCCAGUUUUGUUUUUCUGGUUUUUUCGGUAGUUUCGGGGUAUUAUAAUCAAGCGCUAACCAAUUUUUCGGUUGUUUAUGCCUCGAUCCAUGGAUUACUAUCAACUUUAGUGGUUUUGACCAUUCACAAACCUUAUCGAAAGUUCAUUCGAUCACUACUCGGAAUGUCUAAUGCCGUGGAUCUUCAAAAUAAAUCAAUGUUCAACACACGAAAAGCAAGUGUAUUUCCGACUCAUGUAACAGCCUGAACAAUGUUUUUCUUUGUAGUUAGAUCAUUGAGUUGUUUUUCCAAUUGUUUUGUUAUUUAUAAGAGAAUUUAUU